AUGUCCUCAACAACAAGCCCAAGACCAUUCGACGUAGCGAUUGUUGGCGGUGGAAUCGCAGGGCUCACCCUUGCCAUCGGUCUCCUCAAGCACAAAGUCCCUGUGACGAUUUACGAGUCUGCCCAUCAUUUCGGCGAGAUUGGUGCUGGCGUCUACUUCAGCCCCAACGCAGCUCGUGCGAUGAACGGCAUCGACCCAUCCAUCACCGCUGGCUUCGAGAGAGUCGCAACGGCCAACAAAAACCCCGCGAUGGAGAAUGUGUGGUUCGAAUUCAGACACGGCGAAGAUAAUCCCAGAGGCAAAGCUGGAGAUCUAUUCUGCCGAAUGGGCUGGAACGGAUCUCAGAGCCACGGUGGUGUGCAUCGAGCCAAGUUUCUGGACGAACUCAUCAAACUGAUCCCCGAUGGCGUGGCACACUUCGGCAAGAGGAUCACGGCUAUUGAGAAAGUCGGAGACAAAGUCAAGCUGACGUUCAAAGACGGUUCUGAGGCGGCACAUGAUUCCGUUGUAGGCUGCGAUGGCAUCCACAGUGAGACUCGCAAGUACAUUCUUGGGCCGAACGAUCCAGCUGUCGACGCUGUCUUCUCGGGAAAGUACUGCCAUCGUGGUUUGGUGCCGAUGGAUGAGGCUAUUGCGGCUCUUGGGGAGGAUCUGGCGACGAAUAGCCAGAACUAUGUGGGACAUCAUGGUCAUCUCUUGACGUUCCCAGUUGAGAAGGGAAAAACCUGGGACUACGACAAGUGGGUGGUGCACUCCGACGUCAAAGACAUUAACGAGGACUUCAAGAACUUCGGCGCUCCCGUUCAGAAAGUCAUCAGCAUGAUGAGAGACACAGACAUAUGGGCGCUCUUUCAUCACCCUCCAGCAAGGACGUUUUACAACGGACAUGUCGUUAUGAUUGGAGACGCUGCUCAUGCUACAACCCCUCACCAGGGCUCUGGCGCUGCUAUGGCAAUCGAAGAUGCGUAUGUCUUGAGCUCUCUGCUUGCGAACGUCGACGAUUCAUCGAAGCUAGAAGCGACAUUUCAAGCGUUUGAUACGGUUCGCCGUCAACGCGGGUGGGAUCUCGUCACGACCUCCGCAGAAGCAGGCAGUAUCUGGGAGCUUGAACACCCCAUGAUCGGCGACGACUUCGACAAGUUCAAGGAGAAUGCUACUUCGCGCAUGGAUUGGAUCUGGGGUGAGGAUUUGGAGGCUGAAGUGAAUGAGACAAAGCAAGUGUCAGUGAAGUGA